UCACCAGUAAUCCGAGUGAUUCCGUUGUUGCAGUUGAUGAAGGACCAACUGCCACAGGGACAGUGGACAGAACCAGAUAGAUCGCCAAGGCCAGGAGAAAGCUGAUUAUCGCCAGCAUAUUGUGUCUCGUUUUUUAUGAUAGUUGAAUGUGUUGGUGGAUACUUAUCAGGAAGCUUGGCCAUCGCGACUGAUGCUGCCCACUUGCUCACCGACUUUGCAGCGUUCAUGAUCUCACUGUUUGCGCUAUGGGUAUCCAGCCGCAAGCCCACACAAUCGAUGCCCUUCGGCUGGUACAGGGCCGAGGUGAUCGGGGCCCUGACGUCUGUCCUGACCAUCUGGGUCGUAACUGGCAUCCUGGUGUACAUGGCCGUGGAGAGGAUCAUUCACAGAGACUUUGAAAUCGACACAGAGAUCAUGUUGAUCACCUCCGGUUUUGGUGUGUUAGUCAACCUUAUAAUGGGCCUAACGCUCCAUCAACAUGGACACACACAUGGAGGGGGAAGUAGUCAUGGUCAUAGUCAUGGUGAAUCAGAAAACAUUAAUGUACGGGCUGCGUUUAUACACGUUGUUGGUGACUUCUUACAAAGUUUUGGUGUAUUCGUCGCUGCCCUUGUUAUAUACUUUUACCCAGACUGGAGUAUUGUAGAUCCAAUUUGCACAUUCUUGUUUUCGAUCAUUGUGUUAUGUACCACCAUGGCAAUUCUGAGGGAUACACUCAAUGUCCUAAUGGAGGGCAUGCCGAGAGGAGUGGACUUUAAUGAUGUCCUAAAUACUUUCCUCAGUAUAGAUGGGGUGCAGAGAGUACACAAUCUUCGUAUCUGGGCUCUCAGCUUGGACAAGACCGCCCUGGCGGCUCACCUGGCCAUCAGUCCAGGAGUGAACUCGCAUGAAAUUUUGAAGGCUGCGUCCCGAAAAAUCCAUUCAAAAUUUCACUUUUUUGAGAUGACCCUUCAAAUAGAGGAUUUCCAAGAGGUAAUGAAAGACUGUACGCAAUGCCAAUGUCCAGAAAAAUGAUUCAAUGAGUUUUAGACAAGCGUUUGUGUUAUCGUGGUAAAUAAUAAGCAGGGAAGACCUAGACAUGUUAGUCAGGUUAUAUUUUCUCGUAACUAUUGUUUAAGUAAAGGUAGCUUAAUUAGUAAAAAUGUAAAAUAUUUAAGUACCUGUGAUAGUGUAGUUUAGAAUAUUAUCCAGAAGCAAUGGAGACAGCUCUAGUCUUUUGAUAUUUUGUCAGUUUAAUGUAUUUUGCAUAAAGUAAACAUAUUUGGUGACAUUUUCUAUAAAGUAUAUUUAUAUAUUGUGAAAUAAAUUGCUAUUUUGUAUAAAAA